UACUUGCCUUAAUUUUGCCUUCACUUUCAAUCUUCCUGCUGUAGACGCCUAGCAAUUGCGGAAACUCCCUCUUCUUCCUCCUCCCCCCUCACCCGAGCAGGUUCAACUACACCUGAGACGCCAAAUUGUAACUUGUCUUAAUUUAUUUUAAACCUCCACCGGCGGGGAGACAGAAAUUGACGAAAAACUCACCCUGGCAACGUAUAAAGUUUUAUUUUGACGUCCUUUUCACCCCAGGUUGACAAUACACGAAGUCGUCUUUGUUUUAGCCGCCAGAGGUUAGCCACUUCCGGGAAGAAGGGGAAAAAAAACUUCACAGAACAUGAAAACGUGGAGGUGACGCGGUCGGACCGUUAUUGCACACCGACCAUCUGACGGGAUUUGCCUUACACAAAGACACCUUUUGAGGGAUUUAAGAGGGACAAUGUCUACAAUUGAAAGCAAAACUGCGAGUCUCUCCUGGACCAGGGUGUGCAAAGAGUGCGGGCAGCAACAUGAGGGCCAGGAAAGCCACCUGUAUGAGUACCUCGAUGACGUGGACGACGAACUGGUGUGCCACAUCUGUCUGCAGCCUCUCAUCAGACCCAUGGACACUCCCUGCGGACACACCUACUGCUUUGACUGUCUGGGCAGCUUCUUGAAGGAUAAGGACUUCUGCCCCGUGGAUCGCCAGAGGCUGCAGCUUCACCAAUGUCGACCUUCCACCCUGUUGGUCCGGAACCUGCUGGACAAGCUGGCUGUGAUGUGUCCUUACAAUACAGAGUGCCAGCAACAGAUGCAACGCUGUGAACUUCAGGCUCAUCUGCACAAUAGAUGUCUCGUAUUUAGGAGACUACGGGAAGAAAGUGAGAAGAGGAAGAAGCCCUCGUGGAACGAACUGAAGGGACGCAAAGGCGAAAGCGAGCUGUCUGCUGAUGCUAAACACUCGGAUACGCCGCCACGCUGUGCCACCAGAGACCUACCCGAUCCUGGACUCAUCAACCCUGCCUAUGAAGAAAGCGAGGAUGACAACACGCCAUUGCGCUCCAGCCUGGUGGCAGAGUCUAACGUGGUGGAGCUUUUCAGAGAGGAAGCGGAUGAAGAGCUGGGCCUGCGCAUUGUGGGCGGCAAAGACACUCCGUUAGGCAAUAUCGUCAUCCAGGAGAUUCUACGUGAUUCGCAAGUGGCUCGUGACGGCCGACUGGCACCGGGAGACCACAUCUUAGAGGUCAAUGACAUCAGCCUGGCGUCCAUCCCUCACGCUCGGGCAGUGGCCGUGCUGCGCCAACCUUCCCUAGUCAGGCUCACUGUCAUGCAGGAAAAGGGUUUCAAACCAAGGGAGGGGCGCUCCGAUCAGGCCGGCGGCGCUCACGGCAAUGUGGCCUCCACUCAUAAUCCUGGGACGGUACUGCAGGUGACGCUGACCAAGAGUCAGCGCUCAGAGCCACUAGGCAUAAAACUCAUACGCAAAUCAGAGGAGAGUGGCGUCUUCAUCCUGGACCUGCUGUCCGGAGGCCUAGCGGCCAAAGACGGUAAACUGAAGAACAGUGACAAAGUGUUGGCCAUCAAUGGACAUGACCUGAGGCACGGUACGCCAGAGAGUGCUGCUCAAAUCAUACAGGCUAGCGAGGUGCGCGUCAACUUUGUAGUCCUGAGGUCAGAGACGCAGGACGAAAGCGGACCACAAGGCCGAGCGACCAGGAAGGCGCCGGAGCCACAGUACUUCAAGCGACGCUCCACCUUCAUGAAGGACCCUCCUGGUGGCUUUUCCAGCCAGGAGAAGACUGUGAGCCUGAAGAAGGACCCUCGCCUUUCCCUGGGAAUCACCAUUGCCGGCGGGAGGGACUGUCGCAGCCGCCUGCCUGUCUACAUCACGACCGUGCAGCCCGUUGGAUGCCUGCAUCGAGAUGGCACUAUCAAACGAGGUGAUGUUCUACUGAGCAUCAACGGGGUGGACCUGACCCAGUUGACGUACAGCGAGGCUGUUUCUGCGCUGAAGGCGCAAGCCGCUCAGCCACAGGUGGCGCUACGUGUCAUCCAGACCAUUUCGGAAGACACGCAGGAAGACGCAGAGGGUGGAGGGGACGACAGGACGGACAGUACAGAAGAUACGCGUGAAGAUGCUUUCAACUGGACGCCGUUGUGGACAAGGUGGCUGGGUUUACCGAGCCACAUGCACUGGUGCCGGGACAUCGUCCUGCAGAAGAACAACAACGAGAGCUGGGGCUUCAGUAUCGUUGGCGGCUACGAGGAGAGUCACGGCCAGCUGCCCUUCUUCAUCAAGACCAUCGUGCCCGGCACACCCGCUCACUUCGACGGCCGCCUUAAGUGCGGCGACGAGAUCGUGGCGGUGAAUGGAGCCACCACGGUGGGCAUGAACAACUCGUCGCUCAUCCCCAUGCUCAAGCUGCAGAAGAAUAAAGUGACGCUGACAGUGGUGUCCUGGCCCGGCAGUCUGGUCUAGACAUGCACGCUCUGUCGCCAGACUCACUAAUUAGGAAGCGGUCUGCACACGCAGCAGGUAAUCCCGCAACACGCGUGGCGGUGAGCAUUCUUCAAUACAGGGUGUCCCAACAAAAUGUACUAAAUAUCUUGACUCUGUAUAUUUGCACUUCAAUAGUCGCAAAUUGAUCAGAUUUUUUUUUUUUUUUUAACCUGGAAUCAUCUAUCAGAGAUUAUCCACAGUUGGGCUCACUCCCGAUUUGUUAGGGAAUGUGUUCAUGUUAAAGAAAAUAACAUUCAAUUAAAGAAAAGUUGGACUUUCUGGUGGAAUUACAGUAGGGUUGUAAAGCACAAAUAAACUUGAUUUGUCUAUAUAACAAAGAGUUGAUUUACAAAAUUGACUGCAAAGCAGAUCACAAAAGAGGAACAGGAAGAGUCUUAGAAAGGUAUACACCGUAUUUUUCGGACUUGUAAAUAACUUCAUUUCAUUUGGCUGGUUCUGCGACAUAUACUCAGGUGCAAAUUUAUAUAUAUAAUUAUAAUAUUGAAAUAUGUUAUUUGACAUGUUCUCAUGACAAAGGAGUAAACAUUACCUACAGUAACGUAUUGUGUAGUGUUGCUUAUGCGUCAAGGAUCUGAGUAACAGUUGAUGUGUUACAUUAACAUACUGCUUCUUUUUCUGUUAUUAGUAUAACGCACAUUUAAAUAUGAAAUGUGUGUACUUAGUCUAGUUUUGAUACAGUCCACUUCCCAAAAAAACGAGUCUAGUAAGACAUGUUUUUUUUACUUUUUCAUUCUUUUUUUUUUUUUAAUUGGUGCGUCUGAUGCUAGAGCAAAUUACAAUAUGAAAAAUACGGUAAGUGGAAAUGUACUGGUGGACUGGUUCAAAUACUUCUGAUAUUUACCAUUGAGCUACAAGUGCUUAGAUACUGUGAAUGAACACUCAUGUGAAACAUUUAAAGCCAUGUGUCUCAUUUUUGUACGAUGCUUUUGUGACAUUUGUGGCAAAUAAAUGAACACAAAAUAAUAAGCUUCUGUAGCGGUUGCAGUGAAUCUUAGGUUUAGCUUUAAAUUUCACACAAAGUAUUACCAAUAAAUACUAGAGGUGCAGCUGUACAUUGAUUGCUUAAGCAACAAUCAUAAUGCAAAACAUCUGAUUACAUGGUCAUCUAUUAGAUAUAUGUUUUGAUAUUUGUUCAAAAGAAUGUUUUUCAUUCAAAUGGCUGAAAUUAUUCAGUUACAAAAUGGUCUAAAAUGUCAGUCAAAUUUUUUGUUUUUGGUGAAAUGUAAAUGAUUGUGUUAAAUGUGUACGUAAGAUCGUAUUAAAUCGACUGGAGGCCCUUGAAUCCCUUGAGGGGUUUUUAAUAUUGGCUCUUAUCCCUGACCAAAUAAUCAAUAUCACGUAGUAUCAUCAUGAAAUUGGUGAUUCCUACCACUUUGGUGGCAUUUUCCUACUCUUUGUAGCACUUGAUAACCUGUUCUUCUGUACAUUUGCAAGUAUUGCUACGAAUUUGCACCAAGCAUAUAAUUUUUUUUGUGGGGACAUCCUGUUUGUAUGCCACAAUUAGGGGUGGAAUUAUGACAGCAAAUGAAUGUCCAUCAACUGGAAGACUUAUUCGACUGGAAGAAUUAUUCGGAAGAAUUUUUUUCCACCCCGUGUCCUUUUUGGGACAAUGAAUGGACAGGCUGUCGUGAUGAAGGUAUCAUGCUGGCUGCUUGUGACCAAAUCACAAUGAUGCCUGACUGUAAAGACCAAAGUGUCCUUUGUCUGCUUUUACUGCACUUUUUUAAGAGAGGGAGGGGGCAGCAGGAGCCACUAUGGGGGUCUUGACUUCUAAAAUUCCUUACAAUGCAGUUCCCCAUUCAACAGUCAUCACAUGUACACGUUUGUAAUUUCAUGCCAUCAGAAUUACAUUGUUUCCAAUUUUGUGUACAAGCCGUUGUAUUUAUUCACAUUUAUGGGAGCACCUCAAUAAAGUAGAAAAUGAGUUCACAUCAUAUUGAUUCAGAUAGAUAUAAUUAAAAUGACAUACUUUUCAUCACAUUUUUAUCAAUUAUUUAGCAAUCUAUCAGCCAUAGUGAGGAACACUCAGUCAAAAAACAGGUGUUAUAAGUCACCAUAUGGCACAAAAUCAUGGUGUAUGCCCAGAACGGUUAAUGGAAAUGAAUGAGAAGGAUGAACACGAAUCGUGACUGCUAUUACAUUGAGAAAGAAUUCGCAUCUAACAAUUGUUAUUGUAGUAUAAAAUGGCCUAAAUUGCGAUAGUGCUAGGCAAUAUGGAAAUAAAUCCUAACUUAUUCUGAAUUUGACUUCAUUGAGAGUUCUAGCUCAAAAUCUCCAUCUUAGGAAAUUAUUUUAUAUAGCACACACACUACAGCCGAAGCAUUUGGACACAUGUUCUCAUUUGUGUGUUUCGUUUUCAUGACUAUUUACAUUGUAUUCUCAUUCAAAGUAUCAAAACUAUGAAUGAACAUGUGGAAUUAUGUACUAAGCAAAAAUAGUGAAAUAACUCAAAACGUUAUAUUCUAGUUUUUUUCAAAGUAGCCACCCUUUGCACUGAUUACUUUUUUGCACACUGCGGGCAUUCUCUCGAUGAGUUUCAAGAGGUAGUCACCUGAAAUGGUUUUCAUUUCACAGAUAUUUCUUAUCGGGGUUAAUGAGAGAAAUUUCUUGCUCAGUCAAUCGGGUGUGUACCAUCAUUUGUAUUGCAUUGAAUGAGGUGUGUCUGCAUUUAUUAACUAUUAUCUAGCAAUAUCUAUCAAUCCAGUUUAUAUUAUGAUUUUGUGAGUGUUCAGAAACGACUAGGCAAGUUUGUCGAAGGUUACUCUUUGGCUGCCAUUGAAAGAGAAGCGUCCAAUUCAUUUUGACUAGUUUGUCAAGCACAGGUGAAAAGGCCAGACUAGAUCUGUCACAUUUAAUUGUCUGUUGCCAUCAAUGGCAGCUAAAAGUGUAAUUUAUAAAUUAGUCUGAUUGAAUUAUGAGAGGCAAACAAUUAAAACAUAAGUAAUGUUUAAACGCUCAGCAAAUCUGACAGUCCAGAAUUGUCCAACAUACUGUACAGCCUGACCCCUGGUGGACAGCAUCCACUAAAAGCACCAUGCGCAUGCUGCGUUCACUGUCAAAUGAGCAGAAAGUGUUUUAUAAUGUGUUGAUUAUCAUAAAAUGUAGUUAGUUUUAUAUGACACUAAAUGUUUCACUUUCUUAUCUUGACGCUUGCUGACGGACGGGGGUUGUCGCGCAGGCCAGACGACGCAAAGACAAUCAGACAAAGGGCCGUAAAAGUGACUGUGGAUCAACUGCUUCACUGACUGAGGUCCGGCGACCAGUCACGCUACUAGUACUUAACUUUUACGCCGCGAGCCGUCUUGUUAAAGUUAACGAUUGCUUCGCCGCGAUUAGCCUAACAAGAUUUGGUCCAGGUGCGCCAGCAGUAAGGUUUUGUAAAGCACAGAGAAUUGACAACCAAUGAAAAGUCCAAAGAUAUUUUAUUUGCUUUUUUUGUGUGUACUGGGGUUGUGUUUGGGUCAUGUCGUCAGACUGUGAGAAGAAAUGGUAACAUGACAAAAUUUCAGCCUGUAGGCCUGUAGCUCAACUACAGGAGAGGCACUCUAGUUAUGGGGAAUGAAAGUACAAAGGUUUUGAAAUAAUUAGGUGUCAAACCCACUUUUAACUCUUUGGCUGGCAUUUACGGCAGUAGACAUCCAAUCCAUUUGAACUGGGAGACUUGGCAGCGAAUGAAAAUUAGCUGAAAGCUCUCCUAGUUUAAAUGAAUUUGACAUCUUCUAAUGACAAACUGAUUUUAAUUUAGAGCAAGAGGGUGAAAGAAGUCGCAUGAUUGGACAUCCUUCAUUAAUGGCACCGAAAGAGUCAAGGAGAUUGAAUUUAAAACCAGAUGUCACUGAGUACACUUUGUUUACAUCUAUUGUCCAGUUUGCUAUAAGAAGGAAUUUGGUGAAAAUAAAUGACAGUUUCAGAGAAAUUCUCAAUAUUCGGAAAGGUUUCUGCAUUAAUGAAAACAAAUCAAUUGGCUUUUAUGGAAAUGUCCCCUCGCUUUGAGUUUGACACCUGUGAACUUAACAAAAAAAUGAGACAAGGUUCUUAACUUCCUUGUUGGCAAACAUGACCGCUUCAACACUGGCGUAUAUUAAACUCUAUACUGUAUAUGGCUUACAAGGUAAACAGGUCCAUACAAACUAGAAAAAUUGGCAACAACAACUAACAAACAGCUUACAGUAUAUGUAAACAAGACAUUUGAUGUUAACAGUAUGUUUUCCAGAGGGAAACUAACUUGCUUAAACGUGGAUUGAAACAACUAAAACCAGCGAAGCGUUGAAUAAACCUUCAAUUUACCAAAAAAAAAAAAAAUUAAGGCUGUAACAUCCUCCGCUGGGGGGUGUAAAUGCACUUUCACGAGUAAACCCUCCCCCAAUAUGAAACGGGAGUGCAACAGGGAGGGGCUUCAUGUCUUUUUGGCUGUGCAAAAUGCGCUCAAAAGCAAAGUGACAGUGUGGCAAAAGUUCCACAUACAGCUGCUCGGGGGUCAAGGGUCGUCGUUGAAUUUUUUUCAUUCCGACAAGGCACUGAAGAGGAAAACGGGGAUGCGGCCUGUGGCCUCAGUCCGGUCGUAGUAUGGGAUACUUGGGUAAGAGUUCUAUAAGAAU